AUGGCUCCGAAGGUCGUCUCCGGUAAGGCCGCGAAGAAGGCGUCCAAGGUGAAGGUUGCGAAGGUAGACAAGAAGAAGAGGCGUAGGAGGAAGGAGAGCUACGCCAUUUACAUCUACAAAGUGCUUCGUCAGGUCCACCCCGAUACUGGGAUUUCGUCGAAGGCGAUGUCCAUAAUGAACUCGUUCGUGAACGACAUUUUCGAGCGCAUCGCGGGCGAGUCUAGCCGCUUGGCUCACUACAACAAGCGGACGACGAUCACCAGCAGAGAGGUGCAGACAGCCGUCCGCCUUCUACUUCCGGGCGAGCUGGCCAAGCACGCUGUCUCUGAAGGUACCAAGGCGGUGACGAAGUACACUAGCACCAAGUAG